AUGGGUGCAAUUACAAGUAAAGAUACAAGACGUAUAAGUUUUGAUAAUAAUUUUGCGAUAAGCCCAAUACUUUUACAGAAAACGAUGGAAGAUAGUGAUGACAUAGAUAUUACCGAUGGGAAUACACCAAGUGAUUUAGAUUUAAAGCAGCCAGGAAAAAACACUGAAUUAGUUGACGACAGGCAAGAUUACUGGACCAGCAGAAUAGAUUACCUGAAAAACGAACAUCAUGUAAUCAACAAGAUUAUUGAAAAUGAAUAUGAGAAAACUAUAGAAUAUACAAAUAAAUUAUUUGAAACACCAAAAGUGACUCAAGAAAAAAUUCAAAAACUAAAGCCUUGUUUUGAUUGGCAGGCGAAGAUUACGCAAUGCUAUGAAGACAACCCUCGUCAGCCUUUGGUCUGUUCUGCUAUUGUGCAAGCAUUUAGAAACUAUGUUAUAUCAUGUCAACUUGAAGAC